CAUGGCUGGAAAGGAAAUCAUUGUGGUCUUUGGGGCGACUGGUGCCCAGGGUAAUUCAGUGGCUUGUGCUCUACUGCAGGACUGCACCUUUGCAGUCAGGGCGGUGACCCGGGAUCCCAGCAAACCGGCUGCUGCAAAGCUGAAGGAAGCCGGCGCGGAGGUGGUGGCUGGGGAUCUGGAUGAUGAGAAGAGUUUGGAAGCCGCUCUAAAAGGAGCUCACGGUGCUUUUGUGGUCACCAAUGCGUGGGACCACUCCCCUGAUCAUAACAAGGAAGUCGCCCAGGGAAAAUUGGUUGCUGAUGUGGCCAAGCGCCUGGGCCUGAAGCAAGUGGUCUACAGCGGCCUGGAGAACGUUAAAAAGCUGACCGGCGGGAAACUGGGUGUCUUUCAUUUUGACAGCAAAGGGGAAGUGGAGGAAUAUUUCCGGCACAUCGGAUGUCACAUGACCAGCGUGAGACUUUCCUUCUACUACGAGAACUUCCUGGAUGAAUUUAAGCCGCAGAAAUGCGAAGACGGGAAGUGCUUUGCUUUAAACCUGCCGAUGGGUGACGUCCCCCUGGACGGGAUUUCAGUAAAGGAUUUGGGUCCAGCUGUUGUCACCAUCCUGAAGCAUCCGUCUCACUAUGGCGGGAAGAAUAUCGGACUCAGCGCAGAAAAGUUAACGGUGGCACAGUAUGCGCAUAUUAUGUCCGAGGUCACCGGAAUCACCAUCAAAGAUGCCAAGAUCCACCCUGAGGAUUUCGAGAAGCGAGUCUCCCAUAAAGUGAAGCACAUGGCCGACAUGUUCCGGUUCUACAUGAUGAAACCAGACCGGGACGUGGCCUUGACCCACAAGCUUAACCCCAAGGUUAAGUCUUUCCGCCCGUGGCUGGAGGAAAACAAGGCCGCAUUCUGCAAAGAGUGCAAAGAGUGUAAAAAGUGA